GGUCAGCCUUAUAUUUCCAACAAACUCAACUUCAGCUGUGUAGCACAACCUUUUUACUUUUCAGAUAGUGGACAUCUCUAUCUUGCAAAAACUAUGGUCACAAUACAUUAAAAUACUUUUCUGGACAUACCUCCAAAGUUCUGUCAUAUUUGUUAUCCUAUCCUCCAAACUGUGGUCACAAAGACAUAUAUUACAUACAUACAUUUGUAUUAAAGUCCUUUUUGUCUUCUAACAACGUAUACGGUACCUCUACUUACCUUCACACAUUUGUUAUCCUAUCCUCUUAAAUAUAUACAUACACACUCGCAACCUCACACACGAUUCAAGUAACUCAAAAGCAGCAGAAGGUUGGAUUGAAUAGACUUCAGAGUCGUCACCUUGAAGAAAUUCAAAAAGGUUGAACCCUCAUUCAGGAGAAAUGGAGGAUUCGACAGAAGUACAAAGUUCUGAACGGUAUACUUCCACGUGUAGCUAUGAGGAUCUGCCAAACCAUGAACUUGACAACUUGAAACAAGAUCACGAAGUAGUUAUAGUCAUGGUUCCAUUUCCAGUUCAAGGCCAUCUCAAUCAACUUCUUCAACUUGCAUGUUUAAUCGCCUCAUCGUAUGAUCUUCCAGUCUACUAUGUUGGCUCAGCUACACUUAAUCGUCAAGCUCAGGUUCGAGCCAAUGCCUUAAACCCUUCAGAUAUAGCCAAAAUCCACUUCCAUGAAGUUCCAAUUCCUGAAUUUUCUUCACCUCCACCUGACUUAAGUGCCUCGAGAAAAUUCCCGUUACAUCAUAAGCCGUUAUGGGAUGCAUCUUUGUUUCUGCGCGAGCACAUCGCUUCCUUUUUACGCGAUGUCUCCUCGAAAUCAAGGCGUAUCGUUGUUGUUCAUGAUCCUUUUAUGUCCUUUAAUGUUCAAGAUGUUUAUUCCUUGCCCAAUGCUGAAUCUUAUAUAUUUAAUGGUGUUUCAGCUUUCUAUUCAUACUGUUUUUCCUUCUUAUUUCGGGGGAUGUCCAUCCAACGUGAAGACGAAUUUCUUAAGAAGCUACCGUCCCUUGAAGGAGAGAUGCCGGAUGAACUCAGGGACUUCCUAGCUAUUCAAGGUCCAUAUAUGGAUACUAGAUCAGGUAGCAUCCUUAAUACGAGCAAAGUAAUCGAAGGCGAGUUUCUUGAUUCGCUUGCACAAGUAGAAAGAGUAAAACAAUGGGCAAUCGGACCAAUUCUGCCUACAAAACUCGAUAAUGCCUCUAAUAGCAACAAUAUAUGUUUGAAGUGGCUGAACAAACAACCUCCGAGAUCAGUUCUUUGUAUAUCUUUCGGAACAACAACUACAUUUUCCGAUAGAGAAGUCAUGGAGCUCGCGAUGGGAUUAGAACAAAGCAAACAGAAGUUCAUAUGGGUGUUGAGAGAAGCCGAUAGAGGAGAUAUCUUUACCGGGGAAGCUAGAAAACUUGAGUUGCCGGAAGGAUUUGAGGAAAGAGUAAAAGGGGUCGGGUUAGUUAUGAGAGAAUGGGUGCCACAACCAGAAAUCUUGGCUCAUUCAUCCACAGGCGGGUUCAUGAGUCAUUGCGGCUGGAAUUCUUGCAUAGAGAGCAUUACUAUGGGGGUGCCUAUAGCUGCUUGGCCUAUGCACUCUGACCAACCAAUGAAUAGUUUCUUGGUGACAGAAGUGUUGAAAAUAGGCCUGACUGUGAGAGAGUGGGAGAAACGCGAGGAGCUGGUAAGCGCAUCCACCAUUGAGAAUGUCGUGAGGAAGUUGAUGGCAUCAGAAGAAGGUGAUGGAAUUCGGAAAAGAGCAGAAGAAUUGGGAGUAUCCGUAAGGCGUUCCACAGAGAAAGGGGGUGCUUCUCAAAUAGAGUUGGAUUCUUUUAUCGCACAUAUCACAAGAUAGACUAGAUUUUCACCAGAACUUUCAAGUACUUUGGUUACUUACCUGCUUCCUGGCUCAUUCUAGUUUAUAUUUCUUUUAUCAGUAUCUGAAACAUUUUAUGGCUUCAAUGAGUAUUGCUUUGUAGUUCUCUCUUAAUAAUCCUGUAUACAUUUCGCAGUUGUUUUUGCAUAUGCUAAAUUGGCUGUAUCCAUAUGUCAUGUAUUAGAUUGUUUUACGACAAGACUUUAUUCGUACA